AUUUUGUGUGUUUAAUGCAGAUUUUCUGAGGGGUGAUGCCCCGGUCGGCCAGAUCUUCAGUGUGUUAGACAGUGCGGCUCACGUCAGAGAGACAGACGUGUGUGUGUGUGUGUGUGUGUGUGUGUGUCAGCAUGGCUCUGACCGACAAACACAAAGUCAAGAGACAACGACUCGACAGAAUCUGUGAAGGCAUCAGGCCUCAGAUCGUGAACGGCCCGAUGCAUCCUCGUCCUCUGGUGGCUCUGCUGGACGGUCGGGACUGUACUGUGGAGAUGCCCAUCCUCAAAGAUCUGGCCACCGUGGCCUUCUGUGACGCCCAGUCCACACAGGAGAUCCACGAGAAGGUGUUAAACGAGGCGAUUGGAGCUCUGAUGUAUCACACCAUCACACUCACACGAGAAGAUCUGGAGAAGUUCAAAGCGCUCAGGAUCAUCAUCCGCAUCGGCAGCGGAUACGACAACAUCGACAUUAAAGCAGCCGGAGAGCUGGGGAUCGCGGUGUGUAACAUCCCGUCGGCGGCGGUGGAGGAGACGGCCGACUCGACGCUGUGUCACGUGUUGAAUCUGUACCGCAGGAACACGUGGCUGUACCAGGCUCUGAGGGAGGGCACGCGUGUUCAGAGCGUGGAGCAGAUCCGGGAAGUGGCUUCAGGAGCCGCACGCAUCCGCGGAGAAACACUCGGACUCAUCGGCUUCGGUCGUUCGGGGCAGGCCGUCGCCGUCAGGGCUAAAGUGUUUGGCUUCAGUGUGAUCUUCUACGACCCGUACCUGCAGGACGGUCUAGAGCGCUCGCUGGGUGUUCAGCGUGUUUACACUCUGCAGGACCUGCUUUAUCAGAGCGACUGCGUCUCGCUGCACUGCAACCUGAACGAACACAACCAUCACCUCAUCAACGACUUCACCAUCAAACAGAUGCGUCAGGGGGCGUUCCUGGUGAACACGGCUCGAGGAGGUCUGGUGGAUGAGAGGGCUCUGGCUCAGGCGCUGAAGGAGGGCCGGAUACGAGGAGCAGCUCUCGAUGUCCACGAGGCCGAACCCUUCAGUUUUGCACAGGGUCCUCUGAAAGACGCUCCUAACCUGAUCUGUACGCCGCACACGGCCUGGUACAGCGAGCAGGCGUCUCUGGAGAUGAGAGAAGCGGCCGCCACAGAGAUACGCAGAGCCAUCACAGGACGGAUUCCGGACAGUCUGAGGAACUGUGUGAAUAAGGAGUUCUUCAUCUCAUCAGGUUCCUGGGGCCUGAUGGAGCAGCAGGUUCAUCCUGAGCUCAACGGCGCCACCUACAGGUUCCCGUCUGGUCCAGCAGGGGGCGUCCCGGUGGGUUUGGAGGGUCUGGUUCCAGGAACCCACCCGUCCCAGACACCGUCCCCGAACCAGCCCUCGAAACACGGAGAGAGCAGAGAACAGCUGAGCGAGCAAUAACACCUUCAUCAUCAUCAUCAUCAUCAUCAUCACACGCCUCUAUACCUUCCUUUUACUCUUAUCCUUUUUCCCGUUUUGGAAGAAGUGGAUGUUUUAGGAACACAGCACACGGAAUGGAGUUUGUUAGUUUGACGUGUUUCUUUUCAAAAUCAUCUCUUACGUGUGAAUUAUUCAGUGUAGUUAAAUCAGCCAAUAGGAUGGAAGUGACGCCCGAAGCCACGCCCACUCAGCCAUCCACCACGAUGAUUGACAGCUCAGCGCUCUGCUCUGAUUGGCCAGGGCUCUCAGACUUCAGCCAAGGAGUGAAACACCAAACAAAACCUUUCUCUCGUGUGUUUAGUUUGUGAAUGAUCUCGACUAACGAACAGUUCUGUUUCUGUCUCGUACCAGCAGCAGAUUCGCUCUUGUUUUCCGCUUCAUUUCACUAUAUGACUCAGGAAGAUCUCACCUUCA